AUGCUAGCAAAGAUCAUCUUCAUCAUUGCAGUCAUAGGAGCAAUACUCUCCGUUAUCCUCCUAGCUUUAUUCUCACAUCCAUCUCACGUUAGCCCACAAAACGGACAUCCUCUUGCAAUCUCGCUCUAUUUGCAAAAAAACACUCACCCUCCAAAUCCUCUUCACGAGCAGCAAACCCUUCAUACAAACAAAGCAUUCAUUUUCCAUCAUGAACUCAGUGAGGGUCCUCAUAACACAUCUAAAAUCAUCGGUAAAGCACAAGGUUUGGUUCUGCCUGUCGAAAACUUUGCCUUGGUUGCUUUCGAUAUCAUAUAUCUCACUUUCGAUACGCCAGAGUAUUCCGGGAGUAUUGGAAUAGAGGCAACGAGAGCGAGGCGUAGUAAAAGAGAAGAGUUUGUUGUUGUUGGAGGUACUGGAUUUUUCGCCUUUGCUCGAGGGGUUGCAGUUUUUGUACGGAGGGAUAACCGGCAAUCUGAUUUUGAUGCUGUGCAUUAUAUCAAGCUAAGGCUGAGUUUACCUGGAAAGUUUUGAACAAUAGAGGGAU